UUCCGUCCGUAUAAAUAACGAAAAUGGAAGGCCAAGCGACAAUGCGGACGCUUUUGGCCGCCGGUGGAACCUAAGCUGAAGAUUCUUCUCCUCUAUUAAAUUUACGCCAAUACCGGAAAAGAGGAGAAAAGCAAAGAAAACAGAAGAAAAGCAGAGAAUCUAGAUUCCCAAUCUGCCCCCUGAAAUUCCUCGAAUUUUCUGGAAUCCGUCAAAAGUUGUCGGUCCGGUGGCGUUUCGCUGAAGCGAAGUUUCUCCGGAUCAAAUUUCUACUGUCAUGUAAAAGGAAUUUCCAUAUUUUGGAACUUUUGCUGAGAUUCUGAAGCCGAGGAAUACCAUCGGAAAACAUUAAAAAAUGUUGUGGAGGAUGGUUAUGAUGCCACGGAAGAAGAAGACCGGUACCGUACCGGUUUACUUGAAUGUCUACGAUUUGACUCCGAUGAAUGGUUAUGCUUAUUGGUUUGGUCUCGGGAUAUACCAUUCGGGUGUACAAGUUCAUGGUGUGGAAUAUGGUUUUGGAGCACAUGACCACUCGAGUGGAGGGAUCUUUGAGGUGGAACCAAGGAAAUGCCCUGGUUUCACUUUCAGAAAAUCAAUAUUGAUUGGAAGAACCGAUCUUGGUCCUAAAGAAGUUCGUUCAUUCAUGGAGAAGCUGGCUCAAGACUAUACUGGAAACAGUUACCAUCUUAUUACCAAGAACUGCAACCACUUCUGCAAUGAUGUGUGCAUCAAGCUGACUGGGAAAGCAAUCCCUAGUUGGGUUAAUCGUCUUGCUCGAUUAGGUUUUUUUUGCAACUGCGUUCUGCCUGCGGAGUUGAGUGAAACCAAAGUUCGUCAAGUUAGAUCACAAACAAAUGUGCAAGAGAGAGAUAAGAAGAAAUUGAGAAGCCGUUCAAGUAGGGUAAAAUCUACACCUGCCACCAUACCUUCCCCUUCAUUGACACCACGCUCCUCCAGUUCUGGUAGCAGUAGACAAAGAUGCCGCCCUCCCCAGACAACAGUUCAUGAUACUUCUACCUCAACAUUGAGCUUGAAGCUUUAAUGGGAUCCAGUUAUUUCAAACUUCUUUAGGGUUAUAGAUUUUCCUUUUUUAUAGAUCGAGCAAAAUUGCAAAUUUGAUUUCUGCUCUAUCUUAUAUGUGUACUUUUUAUUUCAUCUGCUGAUCCCUAAACAGCUGCUUGGAGCUUAAGUUGACAAGUUGUUGCAGCAGCCUACUUGUAAAGAUACUUGUUUUUAAGGAGUGGAAGUGUUGUAUGAUAUGUAUGAUAUUCCCAUCAUGGUUCCUUUCA